CUUUGAUCAUUGCGUAUUUUACACUGAAGAUAGUCUGUGAACUUGGUAUUAAGAAACUAAAGGUUUUCUUUUGUGAAAGCAGAACCUAGGUAUAUCUACAAUGAAUCCCUAUCAGCAAUCCAAGCCAACCGUCGUGCCGGUGAAUCCCUUCGACCCUCGAGCUGAUGCGGCGGUGCUCCGCAAGGCCAUGAAGGGCUUCGGAACUGAUGAGAAGGCCAUCAUUCAAGUCCUGACGAGGCGGAGCAAUGAGCAGAGACUGCGUAUCGCGUUUGAAUUCAAAACUUUGUAUGGAAAGGAUCUGAUCUCCGAUCUGAAGAGCGAAACGAGCGGGAAGUUCGAAGACUUGAUCGUGGCUCUCAUGACUCCAUUACCGCAGUUCUACGCCAAGGAGCUGCAUGACGCCACCGCGGGAAUAGGAACAGAUGAAGACGUCCUCAUUGAAGUCAUGUGUACCAUGUCCAACCACGAGAUUCAGGUCAUCAAGCAGGCUUGAUGACUAAUAUGAUAUGAUAAGGCCAUGUAUGGAACUCUUUUGGAGGACGACCUCCGCGGUGAUACUUCGGGCAACUUCAAGAGGCUUAUGACGUCAUUGUCGAUGGGUAACAGAUCUGAAGAAUUCCACGUGGACCAAGAAAAGGCCAGGCAAGACGCUAGGAGCUUGCUGCAAGCUGGUGAACUCCGCCUAGGAACAGACGAGUCGGUGUUCAACGCGGUGCUGUGUUCCCGUUCGUUCCCGCAGCUGGCGGCCAUUUUCCAGGAGUACCAGUUCCUCACGGGGCACGACAUCGAUGACGCGAUCAAAGCGGAGUUCUCUGGUGAUCUGGAGAAGGCCCUUAGGGCUAUUGUGAAAGUGGUGCGCAACAAGCCUUUGUUCUUCGCCGAGCGUCUCCACAAGUCCAUGAAGGGCUUGGGCACCAACGACCGGCAGCUCAUCCGCAUUAUGGUGACCCGCUGCGAGAUUGACCUCGGGGACAUCUCGGACAUGUUCCAGAGCAAGUACGGGGAGUCUCUCGCCAGCUGGAUAGAGGGCGAUUGCUCCGGACACUACAAAAAAUGUUUGCUCGGACUUUUGGGUCUGUACUAAUGCCAAGUAUCUAAUAAUAAUGUCUAUGGUCGGUGUCCCCAUUGAUUCAAGCACAUAACUUAUAUGUUAAGCUUUUUAUAUUUGCUCGAAUAUCUAUGUAUCUUUACAAAAAUAUGGUACGGAAAAUCUGAAUGGUUGAAGUUCUGAAACUUCUUUAUUAUACAAAUGUAGUAAAUAAGACUCCUUUUUAAAGAAUCUCUGCCGUUAUCUGAAAUUUCAAAUUAAAGUCCGCACAUGAUCUCGUAUUUGCAAAUAUUUGAUUUUCCUCACUUGAAUAUUUUAUUGUUUAGCUUAUUCCGUCAAUACUAAAUUAAUACUUUUUGUUAAUAGGUUGUUAUAAAAAUAUAAAGUACAU